GGUAGAUAGGGAUGCCAGUGCCCGAGCGUGGGACGCCCCCUCCGACCCCGCUACCCGGACGGGCGCGGCUGAGGAACUCCAGGUCCCCCUUCCCCCUCCCCUGGGAAUGCCCUGGCCCCAGACUUGGAGCUGUUGAUGAUCCUGGUACUGGUUGGGGAAGAUCCCAAGAGUCCUCCCAAAUGCUAAGCAGCUGAAGAUGCUGACAGCCCUCCUUGGUUUCUUCAGUUGCAUCAGGAAACAUCAACGGAAGAUAAACCUGCUGGUUGGGUUUGCUUGGAAGAAUGCUGCUAUCGUCUUGUCCCUAGGAAACAUGAUCACAGGGUUGUCUUCUAUCUUCUGCAGCUUCAACAGAAAACCCAACUCUGCCUCUUGGCUCCUCCUCAUCAGCUUUUUAUUCAGUCUAGCAAGUGGAGCUGUGGCCAGACUGGGCAUCUGCUCUAACUUCAGGACCAAGAUAGAUGACUUUGCUGAAUACACCUCCUUUGGCCUUGCCACUGCCCUGCUUCUGAUGUUGGAUGGGACCCCCAGUGGAAUGCUUGCCAUCUUUUAUGUGCUGGUUGUCUUCUUACGAUUGUGUUGGUAUUCAACUGAGAUUCCCUUCGUGUACCAGGGACUACCCUGUUCAUAUGCCUCCUCCUUGUUGGUCUCCACCUUUCUCCUGACCAAUGGCAACAAGCUCAUUCUUUUUGGCCAGGCUGUCUUGAUGAUGAGCUUUAUGGCAGAUCGCCGCCUCUACCCCCACGAUAAAACCCUGGAGUCCCAUUUUUGGAAGAAGGUGGUUUUUGCCCUGGGUGCUAUGAUGCUCUGGCAUUCAUUCUAUAUGACUCCUUUCUACUUCUUGAUUUGGUCCAGCUCCUACAUCUUCGUCCCAGCUAUAUGGGGCAAGAAGGUAACUUGGCCCCCAGCACCAGGAACAGCUAGCCCAUCAGGCAGUGCCUUUGUUUUCACUGAAUGAGCCAAUGUGUUCCAUCAGGCCAUGCUUGAAUGCUUAAUAAACCUUUCAUUUUCAUCAUGA